UUGUGGCCACGGCUGCGUGGUGACCCGGGGUGCCCCCUGGCGGCGACACUAAGCGUACUGCGCUACGUUGCUCACCAAGCUGACCCGUGGAUGACAGAAAACCCCACCGAAAAACAAAAACAUACACUGUCUGUAAACCUUACUUUAAAACAUACAUAUUUUAAAACGGAACUGCUUUUAUUUCUUUGACGUGUGUGUGUGUGUGUGGGGGGGCGGAUUUGUAGAGAGCUUUGAGACUCGCAAAAGGUGGAUGGAGAGAUGUGGUGCUACCAAAAGCCGGGGUUUGAAGCCCUCCUCCUCGCUGAGCUGCAGAGACAGCAACAGUGCAGCCAGUUCUGCGACACUCUGCUCAAGACAGAAGGUGUAUCAGUGCCAGCACACAGUUGUAUUCUCUCCGCCAUCAGCCCCCACAUCUCCUCUGCUCUGUCCUCCGCGCCGUCGCCCCCUGCAGGACAGACCCGUCUUUUGGAGUUUCGGGCACUCGGUGCCUGCACGCUGCUUCACAUGGUCAGGCUGCUGUACACUGGAGAGAUGGCAGGGGAGGGGGAGAAGGAGAAGCAAGAGGCCAUUUCUGCUGCAGCCAACCUGGGCAUCUGUGGACUGGUGGAAGUCACAAGGAGAGAUCCUAAAAGUAGACGUGAAGAAGAAAAAGAAGAAGGCCAACAUGCAGAGGUGGGAGUGCAGACGGAGCCACCGGUGCCUGAGGAAAAUGAGGGGAGACGGAGAGGGUGGAGGAGAGAAGUGAGGGAUGGGAGCACCUUUCUGUGGAAAGAGACGGUCUCAGGCGGUGAACGAGACACAUGGACUCAGACAGAGGAGCUGCAGGUAAACGCAGCUCCUCUUCCUCCUCACCCAGCAGCCUCUUUCGAGACUAUUGACAUAUCUGCUCUCCAGAGUUUGGGACAGACAGAUCCCAGUCUUCUUCCCUCACAAGUCCCCUGUGUCCCUGUGUCCCUUGUCUACCCACUAGAGGAAAACCAAACACAUCAUUUUUCCUCUGCUCACAUGGACCCUAUGCAAGAAUCCACAGCAGCUGGGCACACAUCUGUUGUGGUCCAGCCUUACGCCCCCGCCCCACCUCCUCUGUCUUCUUUUUCCGGCCUACCAAACCUGUGUGUUGCUGACCCUCAACAAGCGGCCAGAGGUGUAGCAGCAGCUGAAGAAUGGGAGGAUGACAGGUUCGAGCAGUUUCAAGGAAACAUCCCGGGAUACAUCAACUACUUCCUGAACUCAGACAAGGAGAAGGGAUCCCGUAGGGGGCGACCGAGGGGGAGCCGAGGAUCAGGUGCGAGGAGAGCUGGGACGGAUGCGAGAAGAGCCAGGAGACCACGAGCGAGGACAGGAGGGAGGGGGAGGGGAGGGUUCAUGCAGACAGUGGACGUGCAGGAUGUGGGGGUGAGCAGGCUGCAGAAUUUGUUUCUGCAGAGGUGGGGGAUCAGGACGUCCAGGACGGGUCAGGGUGGAGGAGCUGCAGGCAGGAAGCUGUACCUGAAGACCAGAGAGCUUCUGAUCAAAGACAAGCGCUGUCACAAGAGAAGAACGUGCAGCAAAGCGUGGGAGUUCAGUCCCAGCAGAGGGACAGGCAACAUGCGGAGUGGAUGGAGGAACACAACGCAGCAGUUUCACCAGGAUGACGUCCCCGCUGGCAGGCCUCGGAGGGCGAGAGCCAAACCAACGGCCUCCAGCCCCUCCCGUCGGCCUUCUCUGUCACCUGCAGCACCUUACGUGUCUCCAGCACCAUUCCCCCUCCGCCACCCCACCUCUGUCCCUCCUCCGGCCGCUUCACCUCACGCCGAACAGCCUGAACAGAUUGAUCGUCUAUUGGAGGAAGUGAUCAUGGGCCUCAACAUUUUACCAAGCAGCAACAGUGGAGAUCCGCAUUUUCAGCCUCUACUUCCUGUCAGUCACAGCAGCUGUACCUGUGUGUCCUCUGGCAAUAGUUUUGCCCAAAACAAACAACAAGGACAGGUUGUUAUUGAAGCGAAAGGAGUCGGCAGCUCCAGCCCUGCAAACACCGAUAUGCCCGCUCUGCAGCAGCAGGCAGAUGGAGAGCUGAAUGCGAUGCUGGAGCACUUCCUCCUGUCCUUUGAGCGGCAUAUUGACAGCUGUACAGCCAGAGAAGAGGUGGGGAUGGAUGGUGACAGCUGCACUGAGGCUCCAGUCGGAAGCUCUCAAAUAACUGAGCCGCAACAAAAUGACAAAGCUGAAACUCCACUCAAGGCUUCAGCUAUUCCCCGCAAACAUACCGAGGGAAGGCCGGAGAAAGUGAAAGCAUCGAACAAACGACGAAAGAGGAGAAGAAAAAAACAAUAUAUGUUGGCGCUGGAGAAAAAGAGGGUGAGGAAUCCAGCAUCAUCGAGUGACGCAAAGACCAAAACGGUUCAUGACCAAGUAGACAAGCAGCUACAGCAGAGGCCUGUGGUGAAACUGGAGAGGAGUGGCCUGCUGCCAGUGAGAGUGACACUGCAGGGACGCAGCUGUCAGAUUCUGGACGUCAAGGGGCUUGCAAAAACCAGUUCUUCAUCAGUGAAAUGCCCACGUGACAGCUCGUCUGGCAAGAAUCAGUCCUUCUGGUGGAGCACAAAGACGUACCCAAUCCGGAGCAGGUUUAAGGAAGCACAAGUGGACAGUAUUCCCUUUCUCGAGGAGCCUCUUGUACAGAAAUUGCCCCGUGCAGCUGGCCAACCACGAGCCAGGCCCAGGAAAAAUGGACAACACCUUAGUUUAUCUGACGGUGAGAGUUCAGCUCCGCCGAUUCAGCCACAACCUGUUGAGCCCUGUGGCACAGACGAACAACUAGAGAAAAAUCAAGAGAGACAUGAACAAGACUUGACUGUCCAGCCCCAGGAAGAGGCGGAUGGACCGACAAUGAGCCUGAAGAGGAGGGGAGCAGAGACAGAGGAGAGGACAAGUGAUAGCGUCUCUGUGGCCAAGAGGGCUUGCUUUGAGCAAAUGCCACAGCUGACCUCUGAAACAUGCACGCCAAGCUCUGAUCCUGCACACCUCAAACCAGCAGCCAUAGAGAUGGAGGACACAAUCGAUGUGGAGGCUGUUUCAGUGACCAGUGGAGGAGAGUGUUUAGAAAGAGAAGUUCAGAAAACAGCGUGGAGUGAAAUCGUAGAAACUAAGGAAUGUUUGAUGGAUGAAGAGACGGAGAGCAGCUGUGACGACUUAAUCGAUGUGGACGGAGAUGAUGAAGAUGACUGCCAAAAAGAUGCAGUUAAGGACACUCGGCGGAGCAGAACAGGACGAACUCAUGGUGACCUCGUUAAAGUGAAGCCUUCUGUUUCACUUCAUUCAGAUUCAGAGGCCAGUCUGGGGUCGACAGGAGGUUCGGAAGAGGACAAAGAUGAGGACGUGGAUGUGAUUGGGGGGUGCAGUCCUGUCCCUGGUCCGGUGAUCAUCGACUGGAUGGAGUCUUCGGACUUUGAGAAAGAGGAAGAAGACGAGGACGUUGACGUUGUCGGAGAAAACACAGAGUGUGCCUCAUCAGCCGUCUUCGCUGCGAUGGGUAAAGAAAACAUUGGGGAACUUGUUUCAUUUAGCCGUGAGUUACAGGACAGGUAGAGAACAGUGAGAAGAGCAUCCAGCAACAUGUUAGCCGUUUGUUUGGACUGAAGGACGGGCAAAGAAAAGAAGAGCACCACGAUGCAUGCAGACGUUUGACUGAGUUUAAUAUUCAGGUUCGGCUCUUGAGUUGAAUUUGCAGACUUUGCUGGCCAACUGACAAAUUAGGUUUUUUUUAAUUUUUAUACUUGGUUGUUACUGAUCGGUUUAGUGUGUGUGUGUGUGUGUAAAGUUUAUUUUAAGUGUCAAGUGUUGAAAACAAGACAGUUUCAAAAAAGCAUCAGGUUUGUGUACUGACAAAGGAAUCAGGAGUGUUUUAUUAGUUGUGAAUGCGACUCAAACUGCAUUGAUUGUAAGCAUAAUUGAUAACGUCAGUGUGUCUGUUCUGCCGCGGUUUGUAAAUGUUCGAGGAAAACUCUCCUUGUUUUACUGUCAGCCAAUCUUUCGUCAUGUUCCCCGUGGCACUUGGAGUCCAGGACUCUGAUUUCCACAAUAAAAACUCCUUCCUA